CGCACUAGCACCCGGAAGUAGUCUGGGCUCAGCCCAAAGCCAUUUUGUGCCGAUUUUCAAAGAGCGCUGCGCGGUUUUAGACAAGUUUCAGGCAUAUUUUAUCAAGACAAGCUUGCUUCGAGGUUGAAAACAAUGGCUUUCAGCAGAAGAGGGUUCAUAGUUACCCUGGUAUUCUGUCUGUUACUGUUGGCAGAUGUCUAUGGCCAAGUCAGCAACGACACCAGAGCAUUUCCUGUUGGUGGUACCACAACUCUCCCCUGUACUGGAGUUCCCUAUGACGGAGUCACUAAACACUGGGAGAAAAAUCCAGUACUUCCGAUCAAGUACCUGGUAGCGAUUCAGACACCACUCGGGCAGUCGUCACCUUCAGCACCGUUUUACGAUGAGACCAACAUCGCAGCAGCCGGUCUGACUGGCAGGUUCACAGUUGCUAAUGACUUGAUGACUGCAACCAUCACAGCAGUGAGGGAGACGGAUGAUGGGGACUAUAGAUGUGCUUCUGGAGCAUCAGAGAUCAUACAUAAACUUGUCAUAUACAAACUGGAUUCGGUGCGUAUACAGCCUCCUGGAACUGUCGAGGGAUAUGUUGGAGGUACGUUUGAUGUCACUUGUGAUGCAGACAGCAAACCCACACCCAGCUUCAACUGGACAAAACAAGGAGACAGCAGUUUCACAGCAACAGGAGCCACUCUGCGGAUCAGCAGUCUCACUAUGAACCAUACUGGCACAUACGUGUGUACAGCCUACCAUGCGUAUGCCAGUGAUACUGCUAGUGUGCAGUUGACAGUCAGUGAAGCAGAGCUGACCGUCGCUCCCACUUCACAAGGACGAACAGGAGUUGUCACCUCCGUCCCAAUCUCUGCAUCCAAAUCACCAGGUCCUAAUGAUGGUUCAAACGCCCCGCAAACAGGAGGAGCAAAUACAGGAGCUAUUGUGGGCGGUGUCAUUGGAGCAACGGCAUUCGUAGGUGUGAUGGUAGCCGUGGCGUUCUUCGUGCUUCGGAAGAAACGCGCGGAUAGGGGUGAGAAAGAUGGAGUUGAAAGUGGAAAUGACGAGGUAACCUACCAUGCAGCUGGCCAUCCCGGGGCUCCUGAGAACAUGUCACGCCCACCACCGAACCAGCCGGAAGUGAUGUACGCAGAACUGGACCUUAAGAACGCGCCCGCCGGCUCCCGUAAGCCGUACGUCGCCACACCCGACGAUUCGCCGACUGAGUACGCUCAGAUCCGCCCGAGCAAACCACCACGAUCGACUGUGCCCCAUACCCUGGCCCCUGAUGACAAAACAGAAUACGCUUCCAUAACCAAGCCAAAGCCUAAUAAAAGACUUGACCUGCAAGCAGUCUAGAGGGCACCUUGAAGUGGAGAAUUCUGCUAUAUUUUCGCCCCCCUCCCCCCUAAAAUUGUCCCAAAGUGACAACCAGUGCCUCUGUUUUGGGGAUUUGUAGACACAAACUGUAGUGUCGUAGCCCCAAAUAACAUUCCAACCCUGACUAAAAUUGACAAAUGAUGUGAAUAUAGUCUAUACACUGAGGACUAAAAUAUGCUGACUACAGAUCGUACUAAAAGAUUAUGUAUUAAUUGAUUGCGAGUUGAAGAGGUCAC